AUGGGAGUUCACGGCCUCUGGACCCUGCUGGAGCCCGUGGGCCGGCGCGUGAACGUCGAGGCACUGGGAAACAAGAAGCUCGCUGUCGAUGCAAGCAUCUGGCUCAUCCAGUUCAUCAAAGCAAUGCGCGACGAGCGGGGGGAGCUGGUCCGCAACGCGCAUCUGGUAGGCUUCUUCCGGCGUAUCUGCAAGCUGCUGUUCCACAGGAUUCGCCCGGUCUUCGUGUUCGAUGGCGGAACGCCGGCCCUGAAGAAGCGCACUGUUGCCUCGCGACGCCGACAGCAGGACCUGCACCAGCAGAGGCUAAAGAAGGCCGCGGAGAAGCUCCUGCUCGCGAAGAUGAAGAAGCACGCGCUCGAGCAGGUGCGCAACGCGCGCGAGACCGCCGCGAAGGAGAAGGCUGCCGCGAAGACCGGCAGCGACGGCGGCGGGCGCGGGACAGGGCGGGGACGCGGGCGCGGGCGCGGGCGCGGGCGCGGACGUCGCAAGCAGGUCGUCGAGCUCUCGGACGAAGAGGACGCCGGCGCUGGGGACGGCGGAGGCGCCCCCGAGCGCGCUGCGCACGAAGAGCAACAGGAGGAGGACGACGGCGGUGCCUCUGCGGGUGCGGGUGCGAACGGGGAGGACGAGGAGGCGAGGAGGAUCGCGGAGGAGGACGAGCGGCUCGCGAACGAGCUCGCCGCGCAGUGGGCGGCGGAGGACGGCGUCGGGGUGGACGCGGGGGACUUGGCGCGAGAGACCGACACGGCGGGGGGGAGUAAUGACGCGGACGACGACGCUGCGCUGGCCGCGGCGCUCGCCGAGCAGGAGCGGGAGUGGGCGAGCGAGGCCGCGGACGCGCCGAGCGGCGACGACAGCGGCGGCGACGACAGCGGCGGCACGAGACGUGCGCGGCGCGAAGGCGGGUCGCUGCGCGCGCGCGAGCGCGCGGUGCUCGCGGAGAUCCGUGCUCGGCGUGCGCGGAAGGCCGCGGGCGAGCGCGGGGAGCCCAGCGGGGCGAACGGCAGCGAUGAGAACGGCAGCGACCUCGACAUCGUCGGUGAUGCAAUCGAGCGGCCAGGGAGCGACGACGACGACCUGCAGCUGCCGGACGGCGAGCUGGACCUCGAGGCGCUGUCGGCGCUGCCGCCGUCGAUGCAGCUCGAGGCGAUGCAGCGCAUGCGGGAGAGGCAGAACGUCCGCAACAGGGAGGUGUUUCAGUCAGUGGCUGCGGUGCCGGAGGAGUUCAGCCGCGCGCAGGUGAUGGCGUACUUGAAGACGACGGAGAUCCGGAGGAACCUGGACAAGCUGCAGGGGCAGAUGACGCAGGUGGAUCCGGAAACGGGCGAGAGAGCCAAGAGGGUCAUGUCGGAAGUCGACAAACAGUAUGUUCUGCGCCCGAGCGGGGCUGGGGCUGCGCAGAAGGCGCCGUGGGGGCCAGCGCGGCGCGGGAAGGUGCAGGACGAGGUCGUCGCGGACAGACCGAAAGAUCUGUUGUCUCCGGAGCAGUUGCGGCAAGUGGCGGAAAAGGGGGGACUGCUCGCUGCCAUCAUGCGGCCCGUGGGGGUGUCGGGGGACGGCUGCGACAUGCCGCCGCCGCCGGCGCGGCCGCCGAAGGCGCGAGAAGGCGGGGACGGCGCGGUUCCGGGCAAAACGGGCGUCGACGAUGGGGGCGGUGAUCUGGCGGGUGAGGGGCCGGUCGACGAGGCGGAGCUGUCCCCGCAGGCUCAAGGCGAGGACAUCGAUGUGGACGCGCUCUUGCAGCAGGCCAUCGGGGGCGAGGGCGCCGCGGCAGGACCUGACGUGGCUCCGAAAGACACCCCCACCGCCAAGAGCGACAGCGAUGGCGACGGGCUCGAGUGGGAGGACGUCGGCGGCGCCGGCGGCGAGGAUCGCGUGGGAGGGGGGCUUGGUGGAGGGAAGGACGGCGAGGGUCAGGGCGCGGGCGGAGCGGCGGUAUCGGAUAUGGUUGCUGGGGUUAUGAGUGCGCGUGAGCAGGCGCAGGGUUGGCGGCAGCGUGCGAGCGAGCGGCAGAAGCUGUGGAGCCGGACGAGUGGCUUCACGCUCGGGCGGAAGCUCGGGGACUGGCAGGAGGGCGAGGGGAGGGCGAAGGAUGUGGACGCUGGCGAGGCGGGGGAGGCGAGGGCGGCGCGAGGGUCCGGCGGGGCGAUGGAGGUGUCGAGCGAGAGCAGCGAGGACCUCGCGUGGGAGGAUGCGGGGCAGGACGACGCGGGACCGGCCGGGGAGGGCGAAGCGAAACGGGUGUCUUCUGACGACGAUGAAAUAGAAAUGCAAGAACAUCGAGCGCAGGAAAGACCAGGACACGAGGCCGAGCAGCUGGACGGUAACACCGUGGAGAAAUCGAGCGAUGAUCGUCCCGUCUUGGGCCACCCGACGCCCCCACGACAGCCCUCUCCAACCCAACACACCACCUCACCUGCACCAAGCCUGUCGCCGCGCGCACGCGUGCCGGACGCGAGCGCCCCAGCCGCGGCUGCCGAGGACACGCCGGCCGCCGCGCCGCCCGCCGCGCCGGCCGCCGGUCCGAGCGAGCCGGGCGGUGCUGCCGCGCACAGCCUCGACGACGAAGCGCUGGCACAGCUGCCGCCCGAAGUGCGCGAACAGGUGCUCGCGUGGGCGGCAGGCGGCGGCGACGCGGGCGCAGACGCGGCCACUCCGGAGCACCAGGCGGAGCCCGGCGCGCAGGCGGAGGAGGCACCAGCAGCAGCGGGCGCGGCUGCGGACGAGGGGGCAGGCGACCCGUGGGAGGGGCUGCCGCAGGGGCUGGACGGGGCGCUGGAGGAGGCGGCGGCGGAGGUGACUGCGGCGCGCGGGCAGCAGCGCAAGGGCGCGGGUCUGGCGGACCGGCCAACGCCUGAGAUGUACGCAGAGUGCCAGGAGAUGCUGCAGAUGUUCGGAUUGCCGUAUAUCAUCGCGCCGAUGGAGGCAGAGGCGCAGUGCGCGUUCCUGGAGAUGGCGGGGCUCGUGGAGGGCGUGGUGACGGACGACAGCGACGCGGUGCUGUUUGGGGCGCGCAACGUGUACCGCAGCUUGUUCGCGAAUAAGCGGCACGUGGAGGAGUACCGGAUGGACGACGUGGAGCAGGAGCUGGGAAUGCGGCGCGAGUCGCUGAUCAGGAUGGCGUUGCUGCUUGGGUCGGACUACACGGAGGGCGUUUCGGGCGUGGGCAUUGUCAACGCUGCAGAGAUUCUCCGCGCGUUUGGCGACUCCGAGUCGGGGCUGCAAGCCUUCCGCGACUGGAUCGAGGCCCCCGACGACGAGAUCCUUCACCUUGCGCGUCUCGCGGACGAGCGCAUGGCGCGGCGUGCGCACGCCGGCGCGGUCGCCGCGGAGGAGGACGGCGAGCUGAGUGACGACGACGGCAGUUCGAGCGUCGCGGACGAGUUUCGACGGCGGCACCUGCGCGCCCGCCGGCAGUGGCGCGUGCCGGAGGGAUUUCCGUCGCGCGCCGUCAUCGAGGCGUACAGCAACCCCCGCAUCGACAAGAACAAGGAUCGCCUAUCUUUUGGGCGCCCGGACGUGGGCCUGCUGCGGAAGCUGUGCGCGGACCGGUUCGGGUGGACGGUGGAGCAGGCGGACAAGCUGCUGGUGCCUGUGCUGCAGGCGUGGGAGAAGCGCGAGGUGCAGCUGCGGCUGGAUCAGUUUGCCAGCUUCCGGCAGCGGUUUGCCAAGGUCAAGUCUGCGCGGCUUCAAAAGGCGAUCAAGGGCAUUGCGGGCGAGGACAAGUCGAAGUCGAUCAUGCUGGAGGACGGGGACGUCGAAGGUGGCGGGGGAAAGGCCGGGAAGGGCGCGAAGGCGAAGAAAGGCCGUGGGAAAGCUGAAACGAAGACUUCGAAGAGGAAGAAGAAGGAGAUUGAGAUAUCCGACAGCGGGGAGGACGACGGGGCUGCCGCGAGGCCGAAGAAGCGCAAGACCGGCGACGGCGGCGGCGACGGCGAGGCGGUCGGUCGCAGCGAUGCGGUGGGGGCGGCUGCGGCCGGCGGCGGUGCGCCGCAGCUGUCGGGCGAGGCGUUGGUGGACGACGUCAUGGCGCGCAUCGUGCAUGGGCGGACGCUGACGGAGCGCGGGUCGACGUUCCAGGGGCACGCGUGCCGGGUGUCGCGCAAGGAGGAGGUAGCGGCGGUGGUGCGGGCGUUGAUGCGCGACGCGCAGCUGGCGAACGCGACGCACAACAUCAUGGCCUACCGCGUGCGCCUGGCGGACGGGGAGGUCGACGAGGGCUGCGAGGACGGCGUCGGCCCGGGCGAUCCCGGGGAGCGUUGGGCCGGAGGCAAGCUGCUCCGACUGCUGCAGGACUCGCGCGUGGACGGUGCCGCUGUCGUGGUGACGCGGUGGUACGGCGGCGUCCACCUGGGCCCCGCGCGCUUCCGUCUCGUGCUGGACGCGGCGCGAGGAGCGCUCAUGCAGGCCGGGGUGCUCCGCGGAGCGCUGCGCUGA